AUGGCGUCGCUAAAGCGAGCCAUGAAGCGGCUGGGCUCAAUGGCGAACCUCAAUUCGAUCAAUACUGACGUGCAACAUCUCCCCUCACCAGCUUCCACCCAACCACCCCAAGUGAACCUCCCACAUGUGGACACCCAAUUGAACAUGCAUCAAGUCAACGGUUUAUUCGAAGACGGUUCUCCGGCCGCCGACGGCCUCAGAGGUCGGUUCACCAUGUCCAUGGCGUCAGCUACAUUCCCCCGCGCAUUACUUACCCGACCCGGGGUCAUCCCAUCUACAGAUUCCCACGGCUCCCCCACACAACCCCAAUCACAACCACAAUCACAACCACAACCACAACCACAAUCACAACCACAAUCACAACCCCAACCUCCCAAUCCCUCCUCCGGCAAUCCGACCUCCCCCGCCGAUGAAACACCCACAGAAUGGUCCGCCGUCGGCCACGCCGCAACAGGCAAAUCUGGCCGAGUAAUCCACAACCUCCAAGAAGAGAUCGCGCGACUCCGCCGUGAAUGCAGCGUCUACCGAUCCCGCGCCGAAGAAACCCAACGCUCAAACGAGACCCUAAAAACACAAGCGCAGAACAUGUCCGAGCGCCUCCGAAACCUAGAACAAGUCAACGAGGUCAACCUGAACUCGAUCACGCGCAAAGAUCGCAAAAUCGAAGACCUCCGCGUGGAAAUCCAAAACGAGCGCAAUAAGCGGAAAGAAGCCGAAUCCGCCGCGAGCAAGACAAACGACAUGAUGCGCGAUGAGCGGGAACAUCAUAACCGCGAACAGGCGGAGGCGCAGGAAUUGACGAAAUAUCACCAGACGCAGUACGAGGUUCUGGCUAGCGCGACGAAGCGCGAAAAGACGGAUCUCGGGAGGAGGGUGAAGGUGCUGUUUGAUGAGCUGAAGAGUCUUAAGGGGGCGCAUGAGAAGCAUGUCGUUUCCUCGGAUCAUUUGGAGGUCAUUGCGGAACAGAAGAAUCGGGAAAUUGAGGGGUUGAAGGAAUUGCAUGAGAAAUUACUGGAUACUCAUGUGCAGUACAAGAAGUUCAAGGAUGAUGAGCUUCGGGAUACGCUUGAGCAGGGUCGGGCGUAUAAUGCGCAACUUGAAACGAUGGUUGCCUCGAUGAAGGAGACGGAGGGGAAGAUGAAUUGGGUUAUGCGGCUGCAAGAGAUGCGAGACCAGGAGGGAGAGAGGAGGACCGAGAAAGAGAAGGCAUAA